AUGUCCAAAAUUGAAGAAGUGUAUCCAUCAGAUAACGAUGAGUCGUAUACUUCAAAACCUGGCCAUGUCUUUUUGGGGUUUGUAGACACUGCUAUCAAAGAAGCAGACGAGGCAUCCAUCGAGGAUACUUUCGUCGGAGGUGAACCAGUGUGGUUACACCCAGAGUCCCAACCAGAUCCCAAACUGCUUGAAUGUGGUGCAUGCAAGUCUGCUGUCCAUAUGAAGCUGUUAUUACAAGCCUUCGCCCCCUUGGACUCUGAACAGGUUGAGACUGUGGCUGAAGAACUGAAGAUUCCCAUGACAACUACAAAAUAUAUAAACAGUGAUGAUGAGAGAGUGUUGUAUGUGUUUGUUUGCACGAAGUGUCCAAGAAAAGGCAACUCUGUACGUUGUAUUCGUGGUGUUAAAAGAAAUGAAGCCAUGACCUCAUUAGCCUCGAAAAUGGAGGGCUUAACUGCUGGUAAAGAUUUCCAAAUCAACCCCUUUGAUCUUUCGAAAAACACUCAAAACCCUUUUACUGCCGGAAGCGCAUUGUCGUCUAAUGCAAAUCCAUUCGACCUCGCUGACAAAGACCCUUUUAAGAUCGAAAAGAGUACAGCAAACCAGCAGGUUAAAGACGCUCCAUCCGCUAAAUUGGCCAGGAAAGAGCAUGACGCAAUGCCGGAUAAGCAGUUUGAUAGGAACAAGGCUUUUCCAGGUUUCUUCUUGUAUGUGGAGGAGGAAUCUUUUAAGAAUAAGACACCAGAUCAUUUAAAACUUCCAGACAACCUCAAGAUUGACAAAACUGUAUUGGAUCUUUCAGGUGAAGAGGAGCAAUUCAGCAAAUCACCAAUAAAGCUGGAUCCGAGAACUGAAAAGCUCUCUAAAUUCUUGGAUGACGACGUAUUUCAAAAGUUCCAAGAAAUUGUUGGUUACAACCCUUACCAGGUUUUGCGAUAUGAUUUUGGCGGUAAGCCCUUGUACUAUGCCCAAGCCAAAGCAGAUGUUGAAAAAACUGUACCAGCUCCUGCAUAUAAUCCCUCAUCGCGUCGAAUAUUUGAAAUGCAAUUAAUGCCAAAGCUAAUCCUAGAUUUGGAAGAAACGGUUUCUCUCAACGAGGGUAUGGAAUGGGGGACAAUUCUAAUAUUUACCGAUAUUGAAAACUACGUUCCAAAAUUCGAUAAUCAUGGCAUAGGUUAUGUAGAAGAAUGCGUGCGUGUUCAGUGGGAAUCCUCCAAAUAA